AUGUCGCCUUCUCCUCCCACCAGUUUAUCUUCUGAUAUCACUCGCACUGCACCUAUGGCCACUAACGCGAAAGUUUCAGUUCCAACUGUGAUGCAAGGAAACCCUAAUAUGCCAUCCUUGACCGAAUUGGGACAAGACACUUAUUAUCGUUAUCGUACUCAUUGGAUCGCCUUCUGGGUUUUAUGGCUUAUUUGGGCGCUUCUUACGUUGUGGAAUUGGUUUCGACAUGAACUUACGAGAUCGGAAAAUGACGACGGAACCAGGACUGCGGCCGGUGAGAUUAGUUCCACCACCGAACGAGCUGAACGGAAUACGAACAAUCUUAUGAGUCGUUUUGAUCAUGGUUCUCGGCGUGCUCAAAGGAUCUCGCGUGACCUCUUGUUAGGCUUACUUUCGGCAUUGACUGUGAACACUCUUGGUCAAGGUUCAGGCACCGCCGUGGAAGUGCUCGCUUGGAUAUAUCUUGGACUCGCAAUUAUUUGGUUGUCCGCUGAAAUGCGAACCAGCAACAAAAUUAUGAGAUCGGCCAUGGGAUUUCUUUUAUUCGCCAUCUUGCUAACAAUUUUCAUCUUGGCUUAUGCGAGGGGUUGGUGA